ACGCCUUCAGAUUAGCAAUUACGUCUAGCCGUCUCGGUUGCCUUGGUUACUCGUUGAUGCGUCAUCAUCAUCCUAGAAAUAUUCGGGCAUGUAAGGCGGCACGCGGGUAUCAGAUUAGCUUCAAUCCCAAAGUGGCAACCCUAUCAAUCUUUGCACCCGCUAUGAAUGCCUCCUAGAUUCCUCGAUUAUCGCACAUCUCUAUCUAUCCAUUUCUCUUCCCCUAAGUUUUAGACUAUAUGUGGUGCGGCCCGUUGCCGAUUAUUCUAUUCGAAGGUUAAAUUAUGGGAUUGCUAGCCCUUGGGACGCCGCUCGAGUGGCCCGAAGCGAAGAAGAAAGCCGCGCAAGUACGAGAAUGGGGAAUUGAGCAACUACUCGCAACAUGGAACCGGGCCAAAGGGAAAGAACGGGAUGCACUAUUGUGGGGUGACGAGGUUGAGUACCUCGUCGUCUGCUUUGAUGACGAACACCGUAAAGUUCGCUUAUCGCUCCGGCAAUCGGACAUCCUGGAGGCUCUCGCGUCGAAUGAGAAACUCGUCAAGGAAGGCGGAGGUGUCCAUGAUGUUAAACGAGGGGUGCCGACGAAUGGCUAUUGUGCCCCCGUAUUCCAUGCAGAGUUUGGUCGAUUCAUGCUGGAAGCCACCCCGGGGAAACCAUGGGGGAUCGGGUUUAAAGAUUUGUUAGACGUUGAACUGAACAUGAAAUUGAGGCGAGAAAUUGCCAAAGAGCACAUGAGCGACACUGAAUUCCCCAUGACGGUGACUACAUUCCCUCGCCUCGGGCUGGGAGAUUACAUCACGCCGUAUUAUCCGCCGUCCGGCGAGAAACUCCGGUCUCAAUACGUUCCUGACGAGAUAGCAAAUCCCCACGUCCGUUUUCCAACGCUCGCGGCCAACAUUCGGUCGCGGAGGGGUCGCAAGGUUGAAGUAAACGUGCCCGUAUUCCGUGACGAAAAAACAUCCUGGCCGUGGAUGGAUCCAACCGUCAACUACGACCUCUACAAAUGGCCGGAAGAUGACGAUGUCCGAAAAGGGGCGGUCAAGGAGAACUACAUCUACAUGGAUGCGAUGGCCUUCGGGAUGGGCAGCUGUUGUUUGCAAAUGACAUUCCAAGCCAAGAACAUCGACGAAGGACGGAAGAUGUACGACCAGCUCUUGCCCAUUGGCCCUAUCAUGAUGGCCCUGACGGCUGCGACGCCGAUAUACAAGGGCUUCUUGGCAGACACGGACGUGAGGUGGAAUCAGAUCGGUCGCGCGGUGGAUGAUCGCACGAGAGAGGAACUUGGAGAAGAGCCCCUCAAGAACGACCGUUGGAGAAUACCGAAGUCCCGAUAUGCCUCCAAUUCGACCUACAUCUCGAAAGACCCGCGAUUAAGGAAGGAGUAUCUCGACCCGGAUCUCGUCGUGGACGAGGAGCUCAAGAAGAAGCUCAUCGAUGGCGGCAUGGACGACAUCCUCGCCACCCACUUCGCGCAUCUCUUCAUCCGCGACCCCAUUGUCAUCUUUGCCGAAGACCUCGAGACCCUCGACCUCUCCAAAGUCGACCACUUCGAGAACCUCCAAUCCACCAACUGGCAGCACAUGCGCUUCAAGCCCCCGCCCCCCGGCGACGGCACCGGCUGGCGCGUCGAGUUCCGCUCUAUGGAGAUCCAGAUGACCGACUUCGAGAACGCCGCCUUCUCGGUGUUCAUCGUCCUCAUCACCCGCGCCAUCCUCAGCUUCGACCUGAACUUCUACCUCCCCAUGCCGUGCGUCACCGAGAACAUGGAGCGCGCCCACGCCCGCGACGCUGUCAACGGGCAGAAGUUCUAUUUCCGGAAGAACCCGUUCCAUAAUCGCGCACCCGGGCGUGCGCCGGGGACAAAUGGAGCGAGCAGGACCGCUAGUCCGACGCCGAGUCGUCCUGCUACGCCGCUGGGUCCCGUGGAGGACGAGUAUGAGCUGAUGUCGAUCGACGAGGUGAUCAACGGUCAGUACGGAGGGGACGGGACGGCCUCGUCGUGCCGAUUCCCAGGGCUGAUUCCGCUGGUGGAAAGCUAUCUCGAUAGCGUGAACAUCGACAUCGAGACGCGGUGCAACCUGGAGCGGUACCUGGGGCUGAUUCAGAAGCGGGCGGAUGGGCGGCUGUGGAACAACGCGAAGUGGAUGCGGGAGUUCGUGAGGACGCAUCCGGAGUAUCAGAUGGAUAGUGUGGUGGGAGAGGGGAUUCAGUAUGAUUUGCUGAAGGCGGCAGAGCAGGUUGCGGAGGGCGGAGGAGGGAACGGCCUUGGAAAGGAGAUGUUUCACGUCUAGAGUCUCCUGGACGGCCCUGUGAACUAUUUCCUCUGAAGCAUCACCUCCACUGCUGCGUGUCUAGCAUAAAGAUGGGGACC